UCCGAAUGGUUCGUGAUCUGAUGGUGCGCUUUUUUCUCUCUCGCACGGCUUGUUACAGUUAGUGCACGUUUUAGAGAAGAAGCAAAGGGUAAACCAAGGUUAGAGGCGUCCCGGGGCAAAAGGUGAACUUGAUUAGAAGAGUGCCUGCCAUUAGGACCAUACGACCAAUUGCGAAUAGGUUACAGCCAUGGACGUUGGAACAUUGCUCGUCGUUGUUUGCAUUGCGCUGUUGACAGUCGCUGUGUCUGUGCUGUCCGAAGAAGGGCGCGCAUUUGUGGAGCAGCAACCGAUCGAUCCCAUCGACCAGCGGCCUUACUCUCCUGGGUCGGUGGGACCUGGGGGCUACUGCCAAAGCACGCGGCAAUGUCGCCAUGGUUGGUGUUGCGUGAGACAGUACAAGCAUGGUGAUUACACUUGUCAGAAGAUGCUCGGAAUUGGUCGGAGGUGUUCUUCGCAGACGGAGGUUAAGGCUGGAUUGUACCUCAGGCGCUGUCCUUGCGUCAGCCAUUUGCGGUGUCGCGGAACUCGUGCCCUGAAGUUGUGCCUGCCGAAGAACUGGUGGCCCGACGCCGCACCGUAUUAAAGUUUGCCAAGCUUGUUCCCGUGUCCGCAAACGUCGGCGCUGUCAUAAAAAAAAAAAAAAAAAAAAAAAUUAGCGCAGCGAAAACGCAUGCACCCUGAUCAGUACACAUUGGGUUCAGAAUUACAGUAGGUGGCUGGCUUUGUCACCGAAUUGGCGCGAUAUGAGCUCAUACUGACAGAUAAGGGUACCGCGAGAAUCAAACAACGAAUUCAAGCAGCUUUCCUUGCAAUGGCCGCAGUUGGUAGAUAGAACGUAGUGUGACACUGCCACGCAUAUAGUGUGACACUAGUGACCCUGCCAGCAUGCAGGCAGGCGUCACAGUACACGAAGAUCUAAGAGUUAAUGACUUUAUGGAGAGAGCUUGCAUUCAGCAAUCAGAUGUGUAAUGUGGUGGCAGAGUACACAUGAACGCGCCCGCCGUGGUGGCCUAGCGGCUAUGGCACUGCGCUGCUCAGCACGAAGUCGCGGGUUCGGAUCCCGCGCUCGGCGGCCGCAUUUCGAAUGUGGUGAAAUAGAAAACUGUCAGUGUAUUUAGAUUUAGGUACGUGUUAAGAAUACCCCGGUGGUGGAAAUUACUCCGCAGUCCUUCACUGUGGCGUGCCUCGCAAUUACAUUCUUGCACGUAAAACUCUAGAUAUUUUAAACAGACGAACGUGAAAGCGCAGUCGUCAGAUAAAUCGUAUAGUUUAGGAAUAGGAAUGUUAUUGUAGGUGACAACCUCGGAAUGCGUAGAAAAAUGCAUACUCCGAUGUCCAUCUCGGAAAACCUGUAGAAGUGCGCCAAUCAAUUACACUGUUUCCUUUCCGUGAAGUCAAAGAAGAGGCGAAGAUAUUUCGAUAUCUGAGUUUCUCGGGGACCAUAUUUUUUUUUUCUGAGCUGAGGUACUGGGGCCGGACGGGGUGCGGUUUCUUUUUCCUUUUGGGCGGAGUAUGUUAGGACUUCUUAGGUAUCCGCCGAACUUAAGGAGCAAUUAGCUGCUAUAGUGUCUGCGCAUGCCUACAGUACAGCCCGUCAUACAACGUGUAAAUGGCGUUAGGUGCAUGAAUUAAUCUAAACUUCCGCCCUUUGACUUUGAAUGACUUUUGGUUUGUCAUUUUAGGUUAACCUGACAUCCUAAAUUUACUGUAUAGCAAAAAGUAGCAUCAUCCAGCCACGUCUUUUCGGUCCUAAAUGAUUUUUUUUGUUCAGAAUGAAUAAAUGGAAGACUACGAAAUAUAAGAUAUAAUAAACCAUAUUAAUUUUGAAUGCAGAAAUCCUAUCUUAAGUUUGUUUGUGAACUCGCAAUUACGUCAUAUUAUGAAUUCAUUGUAAGUAAGGUUCCGCAUUUUCAGAUAAAUCCGAGAAAAUUCCGAAAAACACUCGCCGAAAAUUUUUUCCCCGAUUAAGAUUUAUUCGAAAAACUCAAUUUUUUUUUACGCACGUAGCCUCGAAAUACUCGCGGAUGGCUUUUCUUCCUCGGACUUGCCAUUGCAUUUCACCGCGAACUUCGCAAUUUGUGACAUCUUCAGAAAAAAAAGCCACACGCCAAAGUGCAACAAAACUGGGCUGGAGAUACAAAAAAACAUCAUAAAAACAAGUUUAUUUGCUAAGAAAAUGUUAGCUUAUCGCAAAUAAAUGGGAAUGAGGAAAGCGUACACAGACCAGAGUGCAACUCGCCGGACUACAUUCACCCAUUCUACGGUGCUACACGCACAUUGCACUUUGUCAGAAAACACUUUGAGCACCUGCAAACUGCUCCCGGACUUUUCUUGGCACAACGCAGCCCACCGAGUCUAGCCUGUGCUUGCUAUGUCCCUGAAUGCUCUAUCUGCGCAAUGGAGCAAAUAGCCGCUAAUGAACUUCGCCGAGGAACUUGGCUGCAUGCUUGACAUCAAUAAAGAGGAAAAACGGUCUGGC